GAAUUUCUUUGUUAGCAAAGAUACUUUGGUAACACACUAUGAAAUUCAUUUUACUCUGCACUGUACUUUUUCUACUUAGCAGCCUUGUUCUUCCAAUACCACUUAAACCAGCACCAUGGAGCUCCAGAACCUUAUCACAGAUGAAGAAUUAUCUUGACAGGUUCUUUCCACCCUCUAAUAAAGCAGGAGGCCAGACUUUAGAAGGGAGAAUUAAAACAAUGCAAAGAUUUUUCCAUCUGACUGCAACAGGAAAAUUAAAUUCAGAAACAGAAGAAGUGAUGAAUCAGCCAAGAUGUGGUGUCCCGGAUGUAAUGGAUUUCACAACAUUUCCUGGAAAUCCAAGAUGGAAGAAGACGUAUUUAACUUACAGGUUUAUCAAUUAUACACCUGAUCUCCCCCGUUUUGUAGUGAAUGAAAUAAUUAAAAAGGCUUUUAAGGUCUGGAGUGACGUAACUCCAUUGACGUUCCAACAAGUUUUCUCAGGAGACGCAGAUAUCCUGAUUCGUUUUGCAAGAUAUGCUCAUGGUGAUUCUAAUCCCUUUGAUGGAAAUGGGGGAAUACUAGCUCAUGCCUUUGCACCUGGAUCAGGGAUAGGAGGAGAUGCUCACUUUGAUGAGGAUGAGCAAUGGUCAGAAUAUAAUAGAGGAGUGAAUUUGUUCCUUGUUGCUGCUCAUGAGUUUGGUCAUUCUUUGGGACUGGGUCAUACAAAUGUUCGGGGUGCUCUCAUGUUCCCUACAUACUCUUUUAUAAACCCAGAAGCCUUCAGCCUUUCAUAUGAUGACAAACAAGGAAUUCAGAGUUUAUAUGGACCCAAACGUGACAACUUUUAAAGAGCCAGCAGGUCUUUGAAAAAAUGAACAAGUCACACGCUGGAGAUGGCAUUGUAACAGAAAAGUUUUGUUUCAUGUUUUUGGUGAAUUAGAAUGGCAAAAACGCUGACAUUUAGAUUCUGCUGGUGCAUUUUUACGAAGAUUUAUAAUUUGUUUAAAUUUGAUACAAUAAAUUUGGAAAAUAAAAACAUAAUCUCAAUCCUG